AUGAUCGCCAGCCGCCCGGACGCCGAUAAGCAGGAUAACGGAGAAUUCUUCUGGUGGGAUGCUGCUAUGCUGGUUGAGAACGUGAGACGGAGUCAGGAGUCGGGACCUCAGGUCAGCGCAUCCCCUGGGCCCUGUCAGCCCAGACGGGAGCGCAGUGCAUCUCCCGUCCGCCCUAUUGGGCCAGCACUUGCCGAUCUCCACCGCGCUAGACCAGGAAAGGCCCAGACGGCCCAGGACCCCCAGCCUCCCAAGCCGCGUGGGACAGCUGGCGGCCCGCGGGAUGCAAGGGUCAGCUUCGGACAGCUUCGGAUUGUCAGGUACCAGCCGUUUUGCAUCCAAUCGCCACACGGCAGGGCACGUGCAAGUGGGUCCUCCUUCCCACCCUCCGAACCCCCCGAAAUCUCUUCCCCUGGCCUCGCUGCCAUAUCCGGAAUGGCUCCUCCUGUUCGUCUACCAGAGUAA